UUGUGAACACUAAUGUGACCGGGUAUGUGGCAUGUCUUCCUGAGGACUGUUAUCUUGUGAACACUAAUGUGACCGGGUAUGUGGCAUGUCUUCCUGAGGACUGUUAUCUUGUGAACACUAAUGUGACCGGGUAUGUGGCAUGUCUUCCUGAGGACUGUUAUCUUGUGAACACUAAUGUGACCGGGUAUGUGGCAUGUCUUCCUGAGGACUGUUAUCUUGUGAACACUAAUGUGACCGGGUUUGUGGCAUGUCUUCCUGCGGACUGUUAUCUUGUGAACACUUAAAAAAAACCUUUUAAUUGGUCGAUGACAGCAUAUACAGACAAACGACGUAAUAACAGACUCCAGACUGGUGGAUAUAACGCUUAUAUGUUUCCUGGUUGUUAUAGUAACUGGGGUUACUCUAAUUUGAACUGGGGAUACAGAGACUGGGACCGAUGGACUCCUUCACCUACUAACAAUAAACGUACAGGAAGUGGACAUAAACCAGGAUUGAACAAACCACGUGGUGACUUCGAGCACAAAGAGACAGAUGACUUUGUGUAUUUCUUUAGACAAAGUUCACCUUUCAGUCAGUGGUAUCCAUCAGAGUUCUCAGUUGAUGGUCGUAAAUUUAACUGCGCAGAACAAUACAUGAUGUUUAGAAAAGCAAAAAUACUAAAGUGUGAUUGGAUAUCUGAAGCAAUAAUGUCAGAAAAGAAUCCUGCAGAACAGAAAAGACUUGGAAGAUUGAUUCCAAAGUUUGAUCAGAAGUUGUGGGAUUCUGUAUGUGAGGAAAUAGUAAAGAGCGCCACAAUGGCUAAGUAUUCCCAGAAUAAGGACUUAAAACAACACCUGAUUAAAACCUACCCAAAGACUUUGGUGUUGGCCAGUCGAAAUGAUAAGAUUUGGGGAAUAGGACUUCGAUCAGAUGACCCAGAAGCUCUUAACCAGGAAACAUGGAAAGGAAGAAACUUACUAGGGAAAAUACUGACAGAAGUUAGGGACGAGUUGUUAAAAGAAGCAGGGUUUUUAGAAAAAAUAGAUUAACUGUCUUCAUGAACAUCUUUUUCAUUGUUUUUCAGUAAUUUAAUUUUGUAACAUUCAUAGUUUAUGAGAUAAUAAACUUGGAAACAUUUUAA